CAAACGCUGUUGUCUCAAACUUUGUAAUUUAUUCUGUGGUCUUCGGAUUGUUAUUACAACGUGCGUUGUAAAGGUCAAUAAUAAAUAACAAUAUAUCUAUAGGUGCAGCAAUGUAUUAAGUACUUACUUAAUAUCUUUGUUUAUCAACAUUAUUUCGUUCUUAUCUCAGCUUUGUCGUACAUAAAUAUUUUCCUCUGAUUUUAGGCCUUCGUCACAUUAUUUCGGAAAAAACCUAAAUAAUGUCACUGUUCUUUAAUAUACUUUAAUGUUUACAAAUUAUGCGCCGUAUCUUCAGUGACAUACCAAGACUAGAUUGAGUUGUUUUAAUGGAAUUGUGUUGUUAUUUCGCGGAAAAUUAAUACCAGAAAAUAUUAUGCAAAUAAAUCUUGCUACAGCAGGGCCUUGAAUCUACUAAACGUACAUUCUUAUAAUAAAUCAAGGUUAAUCUGUAAUGCACUUGUAGCCAUCGAAUAUUUUUGUCAAUUACGAAACGGCGACGUCGAAGCAAAACGAUUACCUCACAACUUCCACCUAUUAAUAGAUAGCUACGUAAGCUGGCCCACAUUUACGCCCUAGUAACCAUUUAACUGUGAACCAACACGAACGUCCGAUCGAAAAUGACAAAGCGCGCAGUUUUUCUUUUAUAUUUCGUCGGGGCCCUGCUCGCCGCGGAUUGUUACAAAAUACUUGGAAUAUUCCCGUCGCUGGACCGCAACAACUAUUUGACUUACCGCGGCUUGUUCCGCGAGUUAGCGAAUAGAAACCACGAUGUCACACUGAUUAGCUACUUUCAAAUGCCGGACGCGCCGGCUUCUUACAAAGACAUACUUUUAAGUGAUAAACACGUGUACAAAGGAUUGUCUUUCGAGUCAGUGAUCGCGAGUGAAGUAUCCCGAGUGCCGUUCGAGACGUUAGUGGCGACCAAAGCCGGCAACGAUGACUGCCGAACACUUAUGAACAACCACCAAGUGCUACAUUUGAUAAGAACGCGACCAAAAUACGACGUCAUACUAGUGGAGUCGUAUAACAGUGAUUGCGGUUUGGCUUUGGCUGCGAAUUUAAGUGCGCCGUACAUAGCCUUUAAUCCUCAACCACUACAGCCAUGGCAGUAUAACAGGCUGGGUAUCAAUUUCAAUUCAGCUUAUGUGAGCCAAGCGAAUUUGCCUUACGGAAAGGAGCCGUGGUUUUUGGAACGAUUGCAAAACUUCAUAUUAUAUCACAUCUCAAACUGGGUGUAUUACGUGGGCUCUCAAGUUACGGACCACGUGUAUUUAUAUAAGUAUUUAGGCGAUAACCUGCCUUCCCUUGAAAGCAUCGCAUCGAACGCGAGCUUGGUGUUUGUAAACACGCAUCAGUCUGUGUUCGGCGGUGUUGUCAGACCGGAUAACUUGAUAGACGUAGGUGGCAUUCAUAUUCGCCCACCCAAAAUUAUUCCUACGGAAAUUGAAAGGUUCAUUAAUGAAGCAGAACACGGUGUUAUUUACGUAAAUUUUGGAUCCACACAAAAAGACUCCACGUUACCUGGAGACAAGCUGAGCGCACUUUUAGCCACAUUCCGUACUCUCCCGCUGCGAGUGCUUUGGAAAUGGGACGGAGAAGAAAUAAAGAACUUACCCAGAAAUAUAAUGACCAUGAGAUGGUUACCACAGUACGAUAUUUUAAAACAUGACAAUGUGAAAGUGUUCAUCACACACGCUGGCGUAUUAAGCACGAUCGAAGCGAUAGACGCUGGCAUUCCUGUUAUAGCUGUACCGUUGUUUGGUGACCAAUAUGGUAAUGCUGCAGCCAUAGAGGACACGGGCAUCGCUACCGUGUUACCAUACCAGGAUUUGAAGAAGGAACGUCUUCUGAGUGCAAUUAAUGAAGUUUUGGACCCUGCCUGGCAACAUCGCGCAAGAUUAGUUUCGCGCAUAUGGCAUGAUCGUCCCUUGUCACCUCUUGAAACCGCCAUCUAUUGGACGGAGUACGUAGCGCGAUAUCAAGGCGCACCCAACUUACAACCAGCGGCAGUUAAUACCCCAUUUUACCUACAUUAUCAACUAGAUGUCCUCACCUUCGUUGCAUUGGUCAUUUACGUGAUGUUGUAUGUAGUUUAUAAGUUGUUCUCCGUCCUUUGCUGCUGUUGCUGUCAAAACGAAAACAGAUCUCUAGAGACUGCUGUAGAUGAAAGGAGAAGCAAAAGAGUCAAAUUUGAAUAAUACUCUAGUAAUCUAAUUGGAGGGUGCUAUCGAGUAUGUAGGUUGUACGGAAAAACAGGAAGAACAAAUAGGACUCAAGGAAUGAAAUGUUAGAGACAGUCAAUCAACAGUAGGUUAUCUAGUUUUUAAUGAUGUUAAUUUAAGGAGAAUAUUUUUUGAAAGCACUUACUAUAAAGUCUGAGUAGGAUAAUAUGAUGUACUUAUUACCAAUUCACAAUCACUUGAGUUCUAAUUAUUCUGUUUCUGUGCAUUCUGCAUCUAUUAUACCUGUUUGGUAUUUUGUCUUGUUAGAAAUUGACGGGUUAUAAUAUAUUUGUUGACUAAUUUAUUGUGAUGUAAAAAUGUGACGGUUAUUAUAUGUAUAAAUAAAUUA